AUGGAGAAGCAACAGCGCAGUCCACGUUCCCCGGUCCAGGGUCGGAAGUAUAAGAGUCGAAAGGAGAGGCCUUGCGAUGCUUGUAAGCGCCGCAAAGUCUGCUGUAUUCGUGAAUCUGGCGACGAUGCCUGCUCUCUAUGUCGAAUGCAAUCGCAGAUCUGCCGAUAUGACCAAGGGCCUACGCCAAGAAGACGUCGACCAGCGGCGUCGAUGCCUACCUCCAGUGAAAGCGAAGUGACUACACCCGGUGCAAUGUUACCGCAGACGUCAGCCUCGCCAUCUGUAGAGAAUCCGGAACGGACUCGUAGCGAAUGGAUCUCCCAAUACGUUGGCCUAUCUGGCGACCAAGACCCUCUUGUCUUGAGGCAUGCGAACUUCAACAAAUCCAACUACUACAAGAAUGGAGACUGGGGUUGCUUGAGGUUACGAAGCGACGGCACGACUCCAUCGUUAUUCACUGUCGUGCCAGACAGCCAUCUGGAUGCCAGACCUCCCUACUAUCCGCCCAGCUCCCUGCUCGAUGCAGCAUAUCCAUUACAUCAUGAGCUGUUAUCGAGCUACUUCGAGGUGAUUCACACUUCAUUUCCACUGCUCGAUCCCGCACGCUUCACCAAGGGAAACAAAAUCGAUUUGCCUCUCCUCGGCACCAUGUAUAGUCUCGCGCAGCCCUUCUGCUCGGCGGCUGCAGACCUGUCUUAUGUUCCGAUUAACUCCUUCGUGUUCCAGGCACUCCCGAUCGAAGCUCGUGCACCGCGAUUGGAUACCGUGGAAGCUAGUCUUUUGUUCUUACAUAGACAUACUCAGAUUCACCGCGCACCGACUACUCCUGGUCUUGAUGCGGAGAUUGGUGCUUUGGUAGGCAUGUGUCACGACGCAGGUUUGAAUGUCGACCCUACGCACUGGGAUCUCUCUGCCAGCGACCGGAGUCGACGCAAGAGGAUCUGGUGGGCUCUCUACAUCUCCGACAAGUGGGCAGCGCUGGGGCUUGGUCGCCCAUCAUUCAUCAGCGAGGACGCCUGCAACGUGCCAUUGGUAACGCUUGCAGACAUCCCUUCUGCCACUGUGAGCAAAGAUGCCCUGCCCAAGACGAGUUCUCACAUGUUUGUUGCCAUGGCAGCUCUCACGCAGAUUCUGGCUGCGAUCUUGUCUACUUUCUACACGCUCAAAGCCGCUGAGCAGAUGACUCGCGCAACGCCGUCUGAAGCGAGCAGCAUCAAGGCUUUUUUUGAACGGCAACUUCUCGAAUAUCACACGAGAUAUCUGUCGCCAUUGGAACGUAUUGUCGACCUUUUUCUCGACCCUACUGGCACAGUCUUUCUUGCAUUCUAUACUGUGGAGAUUGUCUUGUAUCGAGCACUCCUGCGAUGCGUAUCACCAGCCGAGCCACUCUGUAUACAAAUCCGGCAUCAAUCAAAACAAGUCAUGCUCGCAAUAUCCAAACUGCUCGAGAACCUGCAAGUGACUCGACUGCGAGCGUUUUGGUGGUCACCUAUCUCACGCAUCAAUUUCGCGCUCGCUGGCGGCUUCAUGUUUUCCAUGUUGCUUUCAUCGAUCACGGACGAAGAUAUCGAGUACUGGUCAUCUGAAAUUACGAGAUACCGCCGACUGCUAGAUAUGCAAAGUAUGUCUUUUGACACAACCAAACUUGCCGCUGCUCGAAUGAGCGCUCUGGCCAAUGUUAGUGCAGGUGGACGACCGCACAGUGCAGGAAGUGGAAGUAUCGACCCCAAGCAGGCGUUCUGUCGCGACUUUGGCGCUGAGCUCAAUACACUAUGA